CUGCGGAUCACAGCCAAGGGCAAGAUGGCAUUUAUUAAGCUGGAGGACAAGACCUCGGGAGAACUCUUUGCCCAGGCGCCAGUGGAGCAGUUCCCUGGCAUCGCUGUGGAGAGUGUGACGGACUCCAGCAGAUAUUUUGUCAUCCGGAUCGAAGACGGGAAUGGCCGCCGGGCUUUCAUCGGCGUCGGCUUUGUUGACCGAGGGGAUGCUUUUGACUUCAACGUGGCUCUCCAAGACCAUUUUAAGUGGGUGAGGCAGCAGAGCGAGCUGGCCAGGCAGGCCGAGAACCCCGAUCAGGGACCAAAACUGGAUCUGGGCUUCAAGGAGGGACAAACCAUCAAACUCAACAUUGCGAACAUGAAGAAAAAAGAAGGAGCAACAGGGAACACCAGGCCACGUCCCACAGUUCCUGGGACCCUGAGCUUGCUCCCACCGCCUCCCGGGGGAAAAUCUGCUCCGGUUUGUCCUUCUGGAGAGCGUCCGUCUUCGCUCUCUGCGCCCGCCCAGCUCCCGGGCACCCCCAUCACAGACUCCCUCUUGUCCUGGCCGCAGCCCGCUGCUUCUCCGUCUGCCGCCGACACCUGGGGAGACUUUGCCAAAGCUUCGGGGUGA